AUGAGACUGGCUAGGAGAAGUUCAAUGCCAACACUGCCUUCUUCAUUGGCCGGCUUGGCCAAUGUGUUUGAAUUGGGCAGUUUGAACCAAUACUCCUGCUGUGGACAGUCAUUGUUUCAGGGUUGUGUGCGCGAUGUUGAUGGGCGAGCAGCCAUGAUUUUUGCGUGCACUAACCUGAUACAGUUGGUAGAAGAUAAUAAUAUAGAGGAGAUUCACAUAGAUGCAACGUUCAAGGUAGUACCGUCGAAUAUGGGAAAGCAGAUGUUAAGCAUACACUGCAUGAUUGGAAACCAUUCCAUACCCGUUGUGUAUUGCCUAAUGGAAUCAAAGUCGAGGAACUCAUACAACAGUGUUUUUAAUUUUUUAAAAUUAAACCUACUGACCAACAUAAAUCCUUCGAUUAUUAUUACCGACUAUGAGACGGCACUACGUGACACCCUAACAUUUUUUUUCCCUAAUGCACGUACUGUAGGCUGUUGGUUUCACCAUAACCAAGCAGUUUGGAAAAAUAUGAAAAAAAAGGGUUUUUAA